ACAGGAGAAUCCCCCCCAACCCCCACCAACGUCGCCAAAAACAUGGAUCCUGCAACCAGGAGGACCAAGGCGGAGGACGCCGAGCAGCUCCCGCAGCAGCCGGAAGAAGAGGAAGAAGUGGAUCCCAGGAUCCAGGGGGAACUAGAAAAGUUGAAUCAAUCCACAGAUGCUAUCAAUCGGAGAGAAACAGAGCUUGAGGAUGCGCGCCAGAAAUUCCGCUCCAUCCUGGUUGAGGCUACAAUAAAACUCGAUGAGCUAGUGAAGAAGAUUGGGAAAGCUGUCGAAGACUCGAAACCCUACUGGGAAGCUCGGAGGGUUGCCAGGCAGGCACAGUUGGAAGCUCAGAAAGCGACCCAGGAUUUUCAGAGAGCUACGGAGGUCCUCCGAGCUGCGAAAGAGACCAUUUCUCUUGCCGAGCAGAGGCUCCUGGAAGAUGACAAGCGUCAGUUUGAUUCUGCCUGGCAGGAGAUGCUCAACCACGCCACUCAGAGGGUCAUGGAAGCAGAGCAGACGAAAACCCGAAGUGAGCUGGUGCACAAGGAGACAGCUGCCAAAUACAACGCUGCCAUGGGCAGGAUGAAACAGCUGGAGAAGAAGCUCAAAAGGACCAUAAAUAAAUCUAAGCCUUACUUCGAACUCAAGGCAAAGUAUUAUGUACAGUUAGAGCAAUUGAAGAAGACCGUAGACGAUCUGCAAGCAAAGUUGGCGUUGGCCAAAGGCGAAUACAAGACAGCUUUGAAAAACUUGGAGAUGAUCUCCGACGAGAUCCACGAGAGGCGGCGAGCCUCAUCCAUGGGGCCCAGGGGAUGCGGCGUGGGGGCUGAAGGCAACAAUGCGUCGGCAGGAAACCUUUCUGUGUGCAAAUUAGAGCCGGAUAAUAUCUCCAUUGCUUCGGAAGUAUUUGAGGACGACACCUGCAACAGCCUGGUGUCCGAAGACGACUCUGAAACCCAGUCCGUAUCCAGUUUCAGCUCUGGUCCGACGAGCCCCUUUGAGACGCCAUCUCAGUUUCUCCCCGUGGCACGGCCUAGAAGCCUGGAUCUGUCCAGCCCCAUCUCGCUGUCUGAAUUUGGCAUCUUUCCUCUACUAGGACCUCGCAGUGAAUGCAGCGGGGCUUCCUCUCCUGAAUGUGAAAUUGAAAGGGGGGACAGAGCAGAAGGAGCAGAGAAUAAGGCUCUUGACAAAGCAAACAAGAACCGGAAUAGUCACUCCUCUUCCAGUGGCCCUAUGUUGGACAACCGGAUGAAGCAGCUCUCCCUCCAAUGCCUGAAAGUCAAAGAUGGGAUCUGCGCAGACAGGAAAAUAGUACAAAUUGGCUGAGGUCGGCGUCCCCUCGGAGCGAAGGAGGAACUUGUUGAUUAAUUUAUACACAAACUCUCUUCUGCAUGCCAGAAGAACCUUGUGCCAAUAACUAUUUAAUACAUGCCAAAUCUUUUAAGCAUUUACUCUUUAGGAAACUGCACUGAGAGUUCCAUCGGUGUCGAGGGCUGAGGUACGUGUUUCUGCAUUUUUUUAUUUUUUGAAAUGCAAGCAAAAUCUUUUGCCGUGACGGAAAUCGGUCACAAACAUCCGCUGUGCUUGUCGGACUUUGCAGCCUUUGCAAGAUAUUCUGGUAGCAGUUUUGGCAGAAGCAAUAACUAGUUGCGUUCGUCCGCGUAUGGAGUUCUGUGCCAGUCUGGAAACGGAAGACCUGAGCCAAAUGUUUAGGAGGAGGAGCCGGUGUCCAUUUUGUAGGCAAUGCCCGUUUUUUUGAGCCGAGCUGCUGUUUUAGACCUAGAAUUUCAAGGUGCCAGUGGCCUAGCCUCUAAAAUACCUUGUACUUUAAAAGUCUAUAUUUAUAUUUUGGAUUAUAAAAGGAUACUGUUGCAUGUUGCAGAGUCUAGAAACCGUCCGUGUGUCUCUAGACCUCAUAUAGGAUUAAAAAUUAUACCUCAAGGGUAACAUAAAUAUGUUAAUAUUGAUGCAUAUGCCCUUUCUUAGUGUACCAUGUUUCGGGGAGGUAAGAGAUGAUGUCCAAAUUAUUAUGGAUCCAGUAAGCAAAAUGAAAUGUACAUCGGAGCUGUUACAGAUGACUUCCUCCGGUAUGGCUGGUGUCCGUUGCUAGGUAGGAGCAGGAAAAUAUUAUUUUUACACCUUGGGCCUGCCAAGCUAGAAGGGGGAGUUGUCUUGAUGCAUGAACAGAUGGUCUAUUUGCCAGUUAGGGUUCUAAGGGGGUGAGUGAGUACUUCGAAAUAUUGCUGUAGGUUGUCAUGUUAUAGGGUUUGUAGAGUAAUUAAAGGACUUAUAAAUUGAGCACCCCUCGAGUGAAAAGAAGUCGAGUAAGAUUGGGAAGGGUGUCGAAGCAUGUUCAGUGACAGCUGUUACACAGUAGAGAUGUCUGGUAGUUAUGCUAAUAAGAGGUAGUUAAAAUCAUAGGACUUUUGUUUUGGUAGUUAGCAUUUUUGAAACUGACAUACGCCAUUGCUAAUAAAACUUACUUGUUUUCUGGGCUGCCCUGUCCUCAGAUUUUCUGUUCCUUAGCUUAGUUCUGUUGUGUUUUUUGUCCCCAACUACAGCUUUGUGUAGCUAUUCUGAAAACAAAUGUAAAAAAUAUGUAUAUACCCUUCACACUACAGUGAAUCUUUCACUCUUCAGUUUUGCUUUUCAUGUGCAGUACAGUUCUGUUGAAAGUGCUUAAAAUUCUUUUAGGGAAGCCUUUACCAAUUUGUUCCCCUCAAUAUACAGACAACUUCCAUUUGUGCAUUUGGCUUAUGUUUCGACUGAGGAAAUGAACUCUGUGAGUGCCAAAUGGAACGGUCAAUAAUAAAGUGAAAACUAAACAGUU